GCAAGAUCAAAUUACCACGUGACUAGCACGGUCAUGUGCUUCUGGACCGUUCGUUCUCUGCGUCCAAACAACGAGCAAAAAAGAGACUUGCGGACAGAAUUACAGGCAGAGACUUGGCCCCCCAAAUUCCACCAUUGGCCCUACAUUAUUAUUGGCAUUUCGAAUACAUCCUGUCCCUGUAAUCCUCCCUGCCUAGCCGUCGGUAUAGUUCGUCGGGCCUAUCUGCAUGACCUAACUGCGGGCUCCCACACACACCACCCAACGAACUUACCUAUCCCACAAAAACACAUGUGCCCGUCGCAACACGCAAUCCUUGUUUCAACCUCGUAGAACAUUCUUUGUUCUUUUUCCCUUCGUCUCUCCUUUUCUGGCGGACCUCUCGAUUUCGACGGAAUUGCGUUGCGGCCAAAUAAUUGCACUUGGGUCAAAAAGCGCCGGGGUCCAUUCAGAUACCCCUCAGUUUUGAUAAUCGGCAUAGGCCAAAAGGACGCACCCUCUCAACCGUUCGCGAAGAGUGGACCGACCAGAAAAUUCCCUAAUAUACCAUUGAGCAUCGCCAAACAAUAUCGAAACCAAUAAAAUCCAUUAAAGAGUAUUGACGCCUCAAGCCUAAGGUAUGCUCCUGCCAUCUUGAGCGAGGUCGAAGCCUACCAGUCUUCCCCUCCCUCACAUACACCCACGAUACGGUUUCUCUCCGCCCCCCGCUUCCGACUCUGGAGGAUCAUACAAGCCCGGGGCCAUCGUGUCUAAAACCACGCCUUCAUCGCUGGCUGAAGGCCUGGACCGGCUGGACCUCAGUCAAAUUUCUACAUCCACGCCGUCCAGAUCAACCUUCAGCUCUUUCGCCAUGUCGUCCUCCGACGGAUCCCCGGAUACUUGGAUUUCGUCGUACUGCUCGCUGAUGGGCCAUGAGUUUUUCGCGGAAGUGUCGGAAGAUUUUAUUGAAGAUGAUUUCAAUUUAACCGGCUUGCAGUCUCAGGUUCCCUGGUACAAGGAAGCGCUUGAGCUGAUCUUGGAUGUGGAACCUGAGGAGGAUGAGGAGGAUGAGGAGGAUGAGGAGGAGGAUGAGGAUGAGGACGCUGUUCUGGGAGAUGAUAGGCUUCCCGGCUACCGAAGAACGGGCGAGCGAAAACAUUCACGCGUUGCCAGCGACCUGAGUGUGAUUGAGAGUUCGGCAGAGUUGCUGUACGGAUUGAUUCACCAGCGGUAUAUUACCUCGAGGCCUGGGAUCCAGCAGAUGUUGGAGAAGUACGAGCUGCAGCAUUUUGGCGUAUGCCCUCGAGUUUAUUGCAAUGGAUGCAAGGUACUCCCGGUCGGAAUUACAGACACACCUGGUGUUGAUACUGUCAAACUCUUCUGUCCAAGCUGCCAAGAUAUAUAUACGCCACCAAACAGCAGAUUCCAGUCCGUCGAUGGCGCAUUCUUCGGCACUACAUUUGGCUGCCUCUUUUUCAUGACAUUCCCGGAACUCGAUGUCGCAGGUCAAAACGAAAGCAGGUCCCCUAGCCAGACCAACAGCUCGACAACAGUCAUGAGCGCAAACUCACGGCAUCCAUCCUCUAUCUCCCCACCCCUCCCACCCCAGCCCUCCCAGAUAAACGGCAUGAUGACGUCAAAUCUUGCUCCCGGCCUCGGGCGAGGCAAAAUAUAUGAGCCCCGGAUUUAUGGCUUCAAAGUGGCUGAGCGCGCCAAGUCUGGGCCGCGCAUGAAGUGGCUUCGGAUGAAGCCGGACGAUAUUAACGAACUAGACGAGAGCGCUAUCUACCACACGUCACACCCCGAAGGAGAGGCUGACGAGGAUGCGGAUAUGGAGAUGGGAGCGAUGGAAUCACAGCAACAGGCUGCUGCUAUCAGUCGGAGGAAGAAGGCGCCGAUACGGAGACGGAGACACCAGAAUCCGGAUUUAAUGAAUUCUAAUGGUAUGGGACAAGGUCUAUGAGGGCUUGGGUACGAAUGUUUCGUGCGGUUUGUUGUCUUUUGUUGUCUAAAUUUUUCAGUUUUAUGCUUUUGUGAUCAGCAUAUACGUUGCCCACUUUUUGAUGGAAAUGGAUAAUGCAGCUACGGUUCCGAGUCAUUUUGUAUUUACCUUUCUUAUUUUUUCUUAUUCCUUUUUCCUUUCUUCUUUCUUGAGCAGUCUUGUUUGUUUCUUUUUUGUUUCCUUUUCUUUUUAUCUGUGUUCCCUCUGAUAGGAUUUUCCUUGAUCGCUUUCCUCUUCCUCUUCCUCACUUCCCUGCUCAGUUUCUUUCUCACUUCAUUUUACUUCAUUCCCAAUAUUUAUUUCUCAAGAUAACUGUAUCUAUGUAGUCAACCCUUGCCAGUUUACCUCUGUUCCACGUUUUACCUGCUUCAUACAUUUCAACCCGCCAUGACGCCUAGAACCACUAGAUCUUAACACCCCAUGUCACAGCUAUGUCAAUUAUCAUCUCCCACUACUGCAUUUGUAUCUAAAGGCUCUCUACUCGUCAAAAUCUUUUUGAUUCUCUGUUAGAUUUUUUCGUGGGAUCAUGUCUAUAUUUAUUAUGCUUUCUCCUUUCUCCUUCUCUCCUUUUUUAAAAACAGAUAACUAACGUGUGGAGUUCUGUUUUGUUUGGCAAAGGAAAAAGAAAGAGAGGGGGAGAAGAACCCCCUCAAAAUGCAAGGGAUGAUAUAUCGAUAUUCACUUUUCUAAUAAUAAAAAUAGAUAAAUACCUAUAUAGCGUAGUUAGCUAUAGCUCCGAAGGAAAAAAAAAACUUGUAAAUAGAAUGGUUUACAAACACGCUCGCACACUUAAAAAAGAAAUCAUGAACAACACCAAAACGCCCCGGGCAACGGAGGCUUUAAGAGUACAAAAAUCAACAUUUAAAGGAGCAAAAGUAGAAAUCAUAAAUCACACGCAGCCAAAAUUACGCAAAUUUGUG